UUCGGCUCGUAGCGGACAUAAAGCGGAUAUACUAUCCAUGCUUAUCUCUGAUCUCUCUGCGAAACAAGCAAAUCAGCAGCUGCGCAGCAGCUAACGAUGGCGUUGCUCCACCUCUCCUUCCAUCCUCCAUCUCCUCUCUCUUUCCCCCAUUCCUCUACUCCCAUCCCCGCCUUCAGUUUCUCUGGACAUUCCCCAACCAAACUCCAACAAAGAAACAUUAAACUCGCCGCAGCCUUCGCCGCCGUCGCCGCACCCUUUCCAUCCGAUUCCGCAAUCUCCGACUUCUGGCGAUGGCUCCGCGAGAGCGGCGCCAUUCCGCAGCCUCCGCCGCCGGUGAGGCCUGCUCUCGUGCCGGAAGGCCUAGGGCUUAUGGCUGAGCGUGACAUGCUGCGGAAUGAAGUGGUUGCUGAGAUUCCUAAGAAGCUCUGGAUCGACACCAACACAGUAUCGGUUUCGGAAAUUGGACCCGUGACCCUCGGGUUGAAACCAUGGGUCGCCAUCGCGCUGUUCCUUCUAAGAGAGAAGGCCAUGGGUGUCGCCUCCUCGUGGCGACCGUACCUCGAUAUUCUCCCGACGGAGACGGAUUCGCCUAUUUUCUGGUCGGAGGAGGAGCUACUUCAAAUGCGAGGAACUCAAUUGGUGAACACAACAGUUGGUAUAAAAGAAUUCGUUCAAAAUGAAUUCACAAAAGUACAGGAUGAAAUUAUAUUUCCAAACAAGCAGCUUUUCCAGAAGACAAUUAAUGCUGCUGAUUUCCUAUGGGCGUUUGGAAUGCUAAGAUCAAGGGCAUUUUCAGGCCUUCGUGGAGAUAAGCUUGCUCUAAUUCCAUUAGCUGAUCUUAUUAAUCAUAAUUCUAGCAUUAAUUCAGAAGAGAGCUGUUGGGAGAUCAAAGGAAAGGGAGUAUUUUCCCGUCAACUUGUAUUUUCAUUGCGUACGCCUGCAUCUGUCAAUGCUGGUGAACAGGUUUACAUACAAUAUGAUCAAGAGAAAAGCAAUGCUGAGCUAGCACUAGACUAUGGCUUCAUAGAACCAAACAACAAGAGCCGCCAUGUUUAUACUAUGACAUUACAGAUCUCUGAAUCUGAUCCCUUUUAUGAAGACAAGUUGGAUAUUGCAGAGCUAAAUGGCUUAGGGGAAACUGCAUAUUUUGAUGUUAUGCUUGACCUUCCCCUUCCUCCAUUGAUGCUUCCAUAUUUAAGGCUGGUAGCUCUUGGAGGAACAGAUGCCUUCCUUUUGGAGUCUCUUUUCAGAAACUCAGUUUGGGGUCAUCUGGAGUUACCCGUUAGUCAUGCCAAUGAGGAGACGAUUUGCCGUGUGGUUCGCAAUGCAUGUAGUUCUGCCCUCUCAUGUUAUCACACGGCAGUCGAAGAGGAUGAAGAGCUAAUGGAAAGGGGAGGACUGGAUCCAAGGUCUGUGAUUGCUAUUGGUAUAAGAUUAGGGGAGAAGAAGGUGCUCCAGCAUAUAAAUGAAAUUUUCCGAGCGCGUGAAUCAGAACUGGACACUCUGGAAUACUAUCAGGAGAGGAGGCUCAAGGAUUUGGGAUUGGCUGGGGAGCAAGGAGAAAUCAUCUUUUGGGAAUCCAAAUAAGUUGCCGAGUUUUCUUUCAAAAUUGGACCAAGGAUUUUAAUCCAAUUAUAUGCAUUCGAAAACAAAAUGAAUUUCUAUUGCAGAAGUGAUAUGUUUGAAGAAUAAUUCUGUGGUUUUAUAUCUGAGCAACGCCUAUCAUGCCCAUUGCUGCACCCAUGUAAUUCCUGUACUGUCAGGGCUAAUGGAAGCAAAAUUUCAAUGUUUGUAUUUUUAUAAGGUAAGUGUUAUUUUUUAUGGGGGCAUUUACA